AUGCCAAGUGCUAGCUGCGUAUCAUCUACCACAAUGAAACCAAAUAAGUCAUCUUCAGCAGCAGUAGCAGCAACGACAGUGGAGAGUAGAAAUGUUACACAGCCUCGCCCCAUUCGUCAGUUGCUUCAAAAUUUUCUUUUAAUCUGGCUUGAUGCCCACUUUGAUGAGUCCGAAACCGAUUAUAAAAAAUCAAUACAACAUCUGCAUGAUAUUUCAGUAACAGUUACCAUAUUUACAGAUGUUGACGAAUGUAUUUAUUUUCUCACUGACAUUAACAAUGAAAAAGUACUUAUGAUUGUGUCGAGUACGCUAGCACAAAAUAUAGUACCGAUAAUUCAAGAAUGCCCUCAAUUAAAUUCCAUUUAUGUUUUAUGUGACAAUUCAUCAACUCAUGAGAAAUGGGCCAAAACAAUACCUAAGAUAAAAGGUGUGUACAAACAAAUUGAACCGAUUUGUGACGCAAUACAAAUCGAUCGAAUGAAUUGUGAUCAACAUACGAUCCCGAUCAGUUUCAAUCAUAUUGAUCCAUUAUUUAUGUAUACACAACUGCUAAAAGAAGCACUUUUGGAUAUAGAGGAUGAUGAUGCAAAAUCGAUUAAAGAACUUGUUGAAUACUGUCGUCUUCAAAGUGUUGCUUCUGAAAAAACACUUGAAAAGAUUAAAGAAGAAUAUCGUAGUCAUUCACCCAUUUGGUGGUACACAGGUCCGUAUUUUAUCUACUCAAUGCUCAAUUGUGGUCUUCGACAAAUGGAUGUCGACAUCAUUAUGAAAAUGGGCUUUUUCAUUCGGCAUCUCCAUAAUCAUAUUAUACAAUUACAUCGUGACCAGCGAGGCAGCAUGCCGACCCAAUUUCAAGUCUUUCGUGGACAAGGUUUGUCCAUGGAAGAUUUUGAAAAAAUGAAAAAAACCGAAGGAGGACUUAUGUCCUUCAACAGUUUCUUGUCCACAAGUCGCAACCGGAAGAUUUCACCCGAAAAGUUUGCACGGCCAGCCACAAGGAACGCCACUUCAGUUGGAAUCCUCUUUGUUAUGAAUAUUGAUACAGCUGUUUGCACAAAAUCCUCAACACCAUUUGCUGAGGUUAGCCAAGUGGGUUACUACAAAGAUAAAGAGGAAGAAAUACUCUUUUCUACACACACAAUCUUUCGCAUCGAUCGGCUCGAACAAAUUGAAGACAAUCACACUGAUCGCCUAUGGCAAGUCAAUCUCAUUCUAGUAGGUAAUCAAGAUGAUGAUUUUAACAAAUUAACGGCACAUCUACGCGAAAAGUUCAAGAUAAAAACAGGAUGGAAUCGACUGGGUGAUAUUCUUAUUAAACUUGGCGAAUCUGCAAAAGCAGAACAUCUCUAUAACAUACUUCUCGACAAGGCAACUUCUGAUAAUGAUCAAGCACACUACCAUUUUCAACUUGGUUCGGUGUAUAUUAGUUUGGGUGAAUACUCAAAAGCACUUUCAUCGUACGAACGAUCACUUGAAAUGGACAAGAAAUCUCUCCCUCCGAAUCAUCCCGACUUGGCUUCUUCCUACUGCAACAUUGGUAAUGUGUAUACAAACAUGGGCGAGUACUCAAAAGCACUUUCAUCGUACGAACGAUCACUUGAAAUCUGGAAAAUAGCUCUCCCUCCGAAGCAUCCCCACUUGGCUGCUUCCUACAACAACAUCGGUGGAGUGUAUCGCAGCAUGGGCGAGUACUCAAAAGCACUUUCAUCGUACGAACGAUCACUUGAAAUCCAGAAAAUAGCUCUCCCUCCGAAUCAUCCCUUCUUGGCUUUUUCCUACAACAACAUCG